UCUCACGUAUCGAUCUGCGCGUUUCUGGCAGCUCAGGGAAGCUAGCACGUUUCUUUCAGAGUCGGAGUGACGCUCGAGUUCCCCUUCUGCCAGCUUUCUCUCUUCGUAUUCUUCCUAACUCCAUCCAAGAACGACCACGCACAGCGACGGCGAGAUUUGCUCCCACAGUGGUUUCUUCUUAUUAUGGCUGUUAGCAGCACCAAGACAGUGUACGAGAUUUUCCAAAGCAUGGAGUACGGGCCAGCAGCAACUUCUAGCUCUGCUACUGCACAGGCCUGGCUGGAGCAUCAUUCCCGUUCUCUGGGUCUCUUCAUUGACGGUAAAUUUGUGUGUUCAGCAGACGGACGGAGCUGCUCCUCGGCUGAUUCUAAAGGAAGUAUUGUAUGCAGCACAGCAUGUGCUGAAGAAGCUGAUAUUUCCCAGUGUGCCUCCUCUGCUGUUAACGGUUUCAAGUCCUGGAGCAGCCUGAGCUGCAACCAAAGGGCCAAAGUGCUCCUCAGGUUGGUGAGCGUCCUCGGGCAGCACGGCCAGUGUCUCUCAGAGCUGUGUGAGCUGUGUGAGGCCUCCUGCUCCACCGCCGCCCUGCUCAGGCUGCUGCAGUUCUACAGCAGCUGGGCGCAGCUCAGAGACACACUCCUCACUGACUGGACACCUCUGGGUGUGGUGGCAGUGGUGACCUCCAAAGACUGUCCUCUCUACUCUCUUCUGCUCAAAGUCCUGCCAGCACUGGCUAUGGGUAAAACACACGCCGAUGUUUAUGUUUCCCUGCUGUUUGAGGACGGAGUGAUGCUGCGUAAGGCCACAGCAGGGAUGGGAGUUCCUGUGUCGGUGUCACCGUGCGUAGGCUCCACCUGUCCCUUCAUCAUCUUUGAGUCGGCAGAUAUUAACAGUGCCGUGGAUGAGGUGAUGGAGGCCGCCUUCAGGAAGAAGAAAGAGGUCUUCUGGGUGUUGUGUGUGCAGGAGAGUGUGGUGGACAGUGUUGUUGCCCAUCUCAGGUUGCGAAUGGCCAAGAUGAGAUGUGUGACCCUGCCCAGUGAGGCAGACAGGAAACGGGUGGAUGCUGCUGUGCAGGAAGCUCAGCAGCUGGGAGCCACGUUGGUUCAGUCCUGUGCUGAUCCCACCUCAGGCGCCCAGUAUCCUCCCACUGUGCUCUGCGGGGUGGCCCCCUCCUCACCGUGUGUGCUCGACCCCUGCCCUGGACCACUGCUGCCCCUCAUCACCUUCAGAAGCAACACCGAAGCUGUGACUCUUGGGAACCACAGUCCUCACGGUCAGGCAGCAUCCAUCUGGACCGAAGACCUCACGCUCGCUCUGGAGACGGCUAAGAGUUUGUCAGUUGGCUCUGUGUGGGUGAACUCCCACUCCGUCUGUGACCCCUGUCUGCCCGUCUCCGGUCACAAAGACAGCGGGACCUGCACCGAUGGAGGACAGGAGGGUCUGUACCAGUUUCUACGCCCCUCCUCUUCCUCCCCCCCUCUUCCUCGCUCCUCCCCCGUCUCCAUGGACUACGCUCAGUUCGGAACAGAAACAUCUCCACCUCUCAUCCCUGCUGAGUCGGACCCUGCCAGAGCCCCUCAGUCCCACCUGCAGUUUGUUGCUGGUAAAGCAUGUAAAUCAGUGUCUGGCUGCAGUGUGGCUGUGCAGCCACCAGGUGGUAGUGGUGGUGUGUUGGCCUACUGCCCAGACGGGGGCCGGAAGGACGUUCGCAAUGCUGUGGAGGCUGCUGUCAAAGUCCAGCCAGGCUGGAUGAAAAAGAGCGCGUCUGCACGUGCCCAGUCACUCUACUCUCUGGCCAAGGGCCUCGAGGCGAAGAGGCGGGACAUAGCUGCAGCCAUCAACACGCAGACUGGCCUGUCAGUGGACGAGGCUGAGAAGGAGGUGGAGCUCAGCGUUACCAGGCUCAGCGUUUGGGCCGCUUACUGUGACAAAGUCCAGGGAGGAGCACUGCCCAUGCCAAACUCUGGCUCCGCUCUCUCCGUCCCUGAAGCCCUGGGAGUCGUGGGGGUCGUCCUACCUGACUACAAUCCCCUCCUCUCCAUGGUAACCGUGCUUGGGGCAACUAUUGCCACAGGCAACGCUGUUGUUAUGGUCCCCAGUCAAAAGUAUCCACUGCCUGUCUUGGCAUUCAUCAAGGUGCUCCAGUCCUCGGACUUGCCAGCAGGUCUGGUAAACGUUAUAACAGGAAGUCGAGACCAGCUGACUGUGGCUCUGGCGAAUCACAGUGUCAUCAAGGCCAUCUGGUACUGGGGCAGUGCUGAGGGCUGCCAGUACCUCCAGCACACCUGCACUAGUCCGCUAAAAACCCUGCGCCUGUGUGGGGACCGGGAAGGGAAAGAUGGGGAGCUCGACUGGACUCGGUGCCAUCCGUCAUUCCUGGAAGAAAUGUGGAGAAGCGCUGUGCAGUGGAAGAGUGUGUGGAUUCCUACAGCGUAGAACAGAACGGCAGGAAGAAGGAAAAGAGUUACAGUUUGGACGUCAUCGUGCAGCGUUUGACUGUGACCUGAAAAAUCAGAAAUCAGAAGGGGAGGAGGGAUUUAACAAGCAAAAAACAUUAUUAAAUUAAAUGUUGAGAUUAUAUUAGGAAUGAGUGACAUAAAGCACUUAAUAGACAGACGAGGGAUUCAAUGCAGGUCACAUGUUAACAGUGUUGCUCAUAUAAAAGCUGAUUUUUGUUGCCAACAUGGUUUAAAAAUGAUCCUAAAAUGGAAAACGUGGUGAUUGAUAUUCACUGUGAUUAAGACGAAAGGUUUUUCCUUUUACGUCCCCGUGACCGUCGAUGUAGAGACGCUAAAAACACUUCAUGCAUCUUCACUGUUUUCAUUUAAAUGUCGGUUUACUUUAUCGAGCAGAGCAGUCGCUACCCGUCAGAAUAAUCAGUUCAUUGUUGACUUUGUCAUUUUGGUUUUUAAAUAAAGCCAAAGUAACAUCAUUAGAACUACUGCAACAUUUUUGCUUGAUUAGUCAAAACAAUCAAUAAACGUGAAGGAUAAAUCGAAGGUUUAU